CAGAACGGUUUGGAUUUGACCCAAUAAAUUAAAUGCGACCACUAAAAAUGUCUGGUAAACUUUUUGUCCUUUGGCAAGAACUGAAUGAUUGUCUCAAAUUAUCGAAGAUUACUACAAUAAUGUAACUGAUACCAAAAUCUGCAAAGAAAAUUGAAGUAGCUAAAAGACAAUUUGUGUAGCUGUAAUCUUCAGUUUAUGUUUGCUCAUAAUAAGAAGGGUAGUGUUUAAUUAGAGAGAGAGAGUGAAAGAUACUGCUCACCUUCUGAAGUUGCUGUGGUUCAAAUUUAUAAUAUGAUUUUUUUUUAAAUAUUUUUCGUCUCUACAAAAAAACCUCAUAAUUCUCUGCCCACUUGACCACUAUAGCCUUGGGUGGUUAUAAGCACUUUUUGUAUAUUUGUUUCUUGUUUGCAUUUGAAGUGUAUAAAGUAAAAAAGGAGACACCAAAAAGGUCUUCUUUUGAACUAUGGUUUGUUGCAUUUUUUAAUUCAAUCUUUAAGUAGAAUUUGAGAGAUAAAUUAUAUAUUUGUGAAUUUUGGAUCAGAAAGGUCUUGAUCUGAGUCUUAGAGGGGUGAAAUCUUGAUUCUUUUAAUUCUGGAUCCUGUCAAGAAUAUCUGUUGAUGAAACUUUCAGUACAAAAAUGGACCAAACAAUUGAAAGGUCUUCAAAUGCACAAAGGGGUUUUCGAGUUCAAGCUCCACUGGUUGAUUCUGUGUCAUGCUAUUGCAAUGUUGAUUCAGGGUUAAAGACAGUCGCAGGGGCAAGAAAAUUUGUCCCAGGAUCAAAACUUUGCAUCCAGUCAGACAUUAGUUCUCAUGCACACAAGACUAAAAACUCUCGGAGGGAGAGGUCAAGAGUGCAGCCGCCUCUUCUGCCUGGCCUACCUGAUGAUCUUGCAAUUGCUUGUUUAGUGCGUGUUCCUCGUGCUGAACAUAGCAAGCUCCGUCUAGUUUGCAAAAGGUGGUAUCGCCUUCUUGCGGGUAACUUCUUUUACUCUCAAAGGAAGAGUCUUGGAAUGGCUGAAGAGUGGGUGUACGUUGUAAAAAGAGAUCGUGAUGGGCGGAUUUCAUGGCAUGCAUUUGACCCAACUUACCAACUUUGGCAGCCACUUCCACCCGUUCCAGGGGAUUAUAGUGAAGCCCUUGGAUUUGGUUGCGCUGUUCUUAGCGGUUGCCAUCUUUAUUUGAUUGGAGGAAAAGAUCCAAUCAAGGGGUCUAUGCGGCGGGUAAUCUUUUACAAUGCUCGAACAAAUAGAUGGCACAGGGCACCAGACAUGCUCCGCAAACGCCAUUUCUUUGGCUCUUGUGUAAUUAAUAAUUGUCUUUAUGUCGCUGGUGGAGAGUGUGAAGGAAUACAGAGGACCCUCCGUUCAGCUGAAGUUUAUGACCCCAACCGGAAGCGCUGGAGUUUUAUAGCUGAUAUGAGCACAGCGAUGGUGCCCUUUAUUGGGGUAGUAUAUGAUGGGAAGUGGUUCGUAAAAGGGCUGGGAUCCCGCAGAGAAGUUCUCAGUGAAGCUUAUAACCCUGAUAUCAAUGCGUGGAGCCCAGUCAACAACAGGAUGGCUGCUGGUUGGCGCAACCCGAGCAUCUCGAUGGAUGGUCGUCUAUUGGCUUUGGACUGUCCUGAUGGGUGUAAACUUAGAGUAUAUGAUGAGUCUACGAAUUCAUGGAUCAGAUUUAUUGAUAGCAAGCUCCACCUUGGAAGCUCUCGUGCUUUGGAGGCUGCCGCUCUGGUUCCACUUAAUGGUAAACUUUGUAUAAUUCGUAACAACAUGAGCAUCAGCAUAGUUGAUGUGAAAAAUCCUGAUAAGCGAGUGGAAACUAACCCGCAUCUUUGGGAGAACAUUGCUGGCAAAGGUCACUUCAGAACUUUGUUCACAAAUUUAUGGUCAAGCAUCGCAGGACGAGCAGGGUUGAAGAGUCAUAUUGUGCACUGUCAGGUCUUACAAGCUUGAGCAUUGGCGAUCUUAGCCACUCAUCCUUGACGAGAAACUGAGAGUUACUUCAACUUCUCUAAUCUCAAGCUAUGUUGCAUGGACUCUCGAAAAUGCUGCUGCACCUAUGUCGGAUCCUGCAAACAUGGACUACUUUUGGAGGAUUCAACACGCACCCGGCUACAUUUUCGGAGAGUACAAGUAACAUAGGUCUCAAGAACAAGAUUUUCCCAUAAGCACUUUUGACAUCAUCGACAUGCUCCUGUGUUGGUUAUGAAGCAAAUAAUUCUGUUCUUUUGCACUCCCCAAUGACCUUCGGCAGCGACCUGAAAAUGGUACCCUUUCUCUAGAAGUCUCUUAGCCUCUUAACACCAAUAGAUAGAGCGAAGAGCUAUAAGGAAAAGGGCUGAGACGUGUCGUGAAUAAAAGUUGUAUACGAUAAGUUUGAGUCUUAUAUCUUAUUCGUGAGAAUUUCUUCCUUCCAGUCCUCUGCAGCUAGUGCGUGGCUUCAAUUGUAGAUGGAUGUCUUCUGGAAUUGUUCCUAUUGGCUCACAGUAGCCUCGAAAGAGAAGGGGGUUGUGAUUCUUCAUUAAUGGCUCAUGCAUGAAUUUCUAUGGUAAAAAUGGGCUAUUCAGAAACAUUCUCAAAGAGAUCAGACUGCUACAUGUUUGUACAUCCUUUUGGCCUGUAGUCUUGUACCAAUAGCUUCUAGUCUUAGAUACCCUUUUUGUGAAUAUAGUUUGGUCAUUGAUCAUGAAAUAUAGUUGGAACCUAUGCUUCUUACUUUUUCCUCCUCUCUUGAUUUCAAGAUUUGUAUUUCAUAAGAUUGGGUGGAAGUCUCAUUGAAUGAUUGAAAUAUGGUUAGCCUAA